AUGCCAAACUUACCCAAAUUGGACUUGCCAACCAUUGACUGGAUCCUCUAUCAACAGGGAAUUGGCUUGCUCAUGUAUGCAAUGGUGCAGACCCGUCCGGAUAUUGCUUUUUCAACUGGUCUUUUAGCCCAACAUUCAGCAAAUCUGGGUCAAGACCACUGGAAUGGGUUCAAGAGAUCCUUGCAAUACCUACAAGGCACAAAGGACAUUGGCAUAGUUUACAGGCAGUCCGCUGGAUCCACACUUAUUGGUUACGUCAAUGCCAAUUAUGCAGGUGAUCCAAAUACAAGCCAAUUGACUAUGGGCUGGGCUUUUAUGAUGGCCGGUGGAUGUGUAGCAUGGUCUUCUCAAAAACAGCCAACAAUUUCUCUAUCAAGCACUGAGGCCAAAUAUGUUGCAGCUGCAAGCGCAACUUGA